AUGGUGGUGAUGCUGCCCAGCCUGGCUCUGGCCCUGCUCUGCCUGCUGCAGGCAGGGGCUGAUGUCUCUGUGCAGCCAGACUUCAAUGCCAAGAAGUUUGCAGGUUCAUGGCAUCUUGUCGCUGCCGUUUCCAACUGCUCCGUGUUCCUGAAGAUGAAGAACGAGAUGAAGUCAGCCAUCAUCUCCAUCAGCCUCCUGCCAGAGGGGGACCUGGCCGUGAAGUUUCUCUGGCCCCUGAUGGACAAAUGCCAAAAGUUUGAGCUGCUCUUCCAGCGAAGUGGGCAGGCAGGGCACUACCUGGGUAUGUCAGCAGAAGAGAAUAAGGAGUUGCGUGUGCUGGACACCGACUACAGCCACUAUGCCAUCCUGCACGAGGCCCAGCGGAGUGGGCAGAGGCCCAAGACCAUGCUGCAGCUCUUCACGAGAGAGCAGGACCCAAGCCCCCAGCUCCUGCAGACCUUCAGAGAGCUCAUCCCCACUGUGGGCCUGACCGAGGACAUGCUGGCAGUCCUGCCCGCCUCCGAUCAGUGCACCGAGGCCACCAGCUGAAGAGGCCAACGUCAGGGCCAUGAGUGCCCCAGAC